GCAUGACCCAUGAUACGCAGCGUUGGAGGGAGGUCCAGGCGGGGAGGAUGUCGCAGACGGUGCUGCGGGGCUUCCCGGGCCUCCCGUGCGAGGUGCGCCUCGAGUUCCAGCUGCCGCUGCCCCGCAACCUGGCGUGCGCCCUGUGCCGAGCCGUCUGCCCCGUCAUCUAUCGCGCCGUCUGCUGCCACGCCUUCUGCGAGCGCUGCAAGGAAGAGCUCAUGCGCAGCCGCAGCGUGCUGCUCUGCCCCGUCGACGGCAACGAGACCUGGACCGACAAGAUUGUGCCGGACGAUACUGUGUGGAAUUCGCUGAAGGAUUUCACGGUGCUGUGCUCACAAAGCAUUCACGGUUGUAGGUUCAGCGACACUGUGGCAGCUCUGAAGAACCACAUCCGGGACUGCCCGUACAUGAAGAAGCUGUGUCCCCUGUGUGAGGAAGAGGUGCUCUCCAAGGAUCUGUUCAGCCACCUGGGCAGCGUCUGUGCCAAGAGGCCCCUGGCCUGCGAGCACUGCGGACUCAACUUCCACAAGGAACUGCUCAACGAUCACAGGACACACUGCCCAGAGAGGGUGGUCGGGUGUGAGUUCUGUGGCACCGAUGGCAUCUUGCUGGGGGAGUUGGCUUUGCAUUACGACGAGUGUGAACUGAAGCCCUGGUGUUGUACGAUGAAGGACUACGGAUGCACAUUUGAGGGACCACGCAAGAGCCUAAUGGAGCACCUGACAUUCGAAGAUCACAUUCAGAUUAUAGUGACUCACUUCAAGGAGCUUUCUGUUGUCAACAAGGAGCAACAGGAAGAGAUUGGACACCUGAACAUUCAACUCGAUGCACUCACGAAGGCAGUCAAGGAGGGUAACCGUCGAGUAUCUACGACACUAACCACCAUCAGCAGGGCACUACACGCACAGCAGGAAGAAAACCGCAAACUGAGGUCUAAGUUGGACGAUCUGUCGAGAAUGAUUGAGCAAAAAACAAUCCACCCGAUACUGAGUUCAAAGCUAGAGGGUACCACCACAACACACCACAGGAUUCCCAGGGACGGCACAAUCGAACGCGUGAGCUAUCCACGCUACGUUGAAGCGGGCCUUGUGUCACGGCCCGUCAGCGCCCGGGGGACGUCGUCGUCAUCUGCAGGCGCCACCGGCAUCGCUGCGGCUUCGUCUUCGCGGGCGAUGCGUCACCACCCGAGCACCUGACAGCCGCUUGGGGGUGGUGAAGGGGGCUAUGCCCACCAGCAACAGCACCAUCACCACCACCAUCACCACCACCACCACCCGUCGGGUGCGGGACCCUCGGGUUCGUGAGCGGGACCCAUGCUUUCAGCCCACACUGUUGUGUUUGAACCAGCCCACGAUGCGACUAUGGCUAUGGCCGUGUCUAUGUCUAUGUCUGUGGCUACGGCUACGGUUGUGGCUAUGACUGCAGCUUAAAGCGUGCCACAUAGAGGCUGUGGCUACAGCAGUUUCUGUGUCUGGCUACGGCUGCGGCUUUUACUACAGCUGUGGUUAGGGCUCUGUCUAUGCCUAUGGCUACGGCUACAGUUGUGGCUCUGACUGUUUGUGGCUAUGGCUGCAGUUGUGGCUAGGGUAUUGGCCUUGUCCACGACUGUGGCUUUGGCUACAGCGUUGGCUACGCCUACGGCUGCGGUUUUGGCUACAACAGUGGCUUCAGGCCCGAGACGAAGUGGCUUUCGGGUACUGGAAUUGGGGGAGGAGGUCUUUGCAUCUUGCAUCUGUACGUGUAGAGCAUCGCUGUACCUGCAUCAACAAAACUUUUACAGUCCAUCUGAGCACUUUUUCUGCAGUAGCUGUUUUUUUUACUGUAGUCUCUGGUUGUGCUAUUUUGUGGUCCUCUGCUGAAAUUUCGAAAGCCUGUCAGAACAGAGAUAAACGACUUAGAGCCAUUGAAGUAAUGCAGCGAGUAGACGAGGGCAGCAUCUGUGUUUGACUGUGUGCGUCAUCUGUGUGCUGCUUUAGUUCCUUUAAAGUUGAUUCAGGUGCAGCGAUGUCCCCAAGGGGGUGAUUGCUGCUGCAAAGAUAUUUCUAGAGCAGAGGCCUGGGCUUUAUGUGGCUUGAGCAUGGAGCGUUUUAGCAACAUCUAUCGGGGCUUUUUGUAAAGCACUCUUUAAGUAGGCAUCUCUGCUAGACCCAUGAUUAUGGAACCCUACAAUAUAAUUCCCAACAGUUGAUUUGACAAAGUUGAACAGUUGCUUUGUUUUAGAUGAUCCAGGCUUCUUACAAAUGGUGCAAGAGAAACAUGGCAGAUCGGUUCUUUAUAUCUCGCUGGAGCUCGUCAGACAUUUGACAAGUGUGUCUUUGUAUGUGAAGCACAUUGCCGUAGAAAUACUGUCGCCUUUUCAAGCCUAUUCUUACUUUAAUUUUGCCCAUUCGAAUACCAUUUAAAGGUCGGAGGAAAAGUCCUUCAAAUUAAAAAAAAAUAUUACAGGUAGCAGUUUGAAAAUUACAGAAUCGUUGCAUCAUGAAUUGGAGUGGGUGCCCUGACUUCUUUGUCAGUAUAGAUUGUGAGGAAACACCCUUUAUAAAAUCUGAUUGCGAUCACAACAUUUAAGGCCUAACAUUGUAUAGAGCGUUCUCCAGCGCGCUCCUGAAUUCUGACAGGAUUUGUUGCUCAUUUUGGGUUGCACGCCAAUGACGGCCAAACUAUUCUCGGCAUUAUAGAGUAUGUUUGUUACACUAUCCGUCUUACGGCAGCGUAGCUCCAUGGCUUUGCCAUUUGCAACAGCUCGGCGGCGUACUGCCAGUCGAGCUGGUGGGGUCAUUGAAAACUGUUCUUUGUGCCCAAAAAGCACCCGUAGCCCGCCAUUCAUGCGGACCGGCAAAAGUAUAGCCCCUAUUCUUCUACGCCGAGGAAUUUGCAUACAACUGAGACGCGGUAGGCACGUAAGCGGAGAAAAUAUCAGCACGGGCCACCGUGCGCAUUGCUCAAACGACCCGCGAGCGAGGAGUGCUAUGUUCCCCGAGGAUCCAUGUGUUGUAACAAAACGAACUCGCCUCGUGACGACGCCGGCGGCGAGAUCGGUUUCUACGGUGGUUGCAUCUCGCAUUGUGUUCACAGCCGUCUGCAAUCGGUCGACCCGCGUGUACCGGGACGUUCUUCCAGAAGGUUUCUGGGGAGUCGUCGCCUUGUCCGUGGUUUCCGCGACGAAGUGUCGCUGAAACUCGUAGCCACAUUCUUAACGCAGGCGUGCCAGACGGACGAAUCCGUCGCGAAAUUUCCGCUCCUCGAUGUCGCAGCAUGUCACGGCGAAAUCGGUAUCAGCGUUUCAUUAACGACGAAGGUUAUAGCUACCAGUCGUUCGGUGACAGUCACGAAGUCUGGGUAACUGGCAAUAGCUUUACCAGGUCACGUCGUGCGUUGGUUUCCAUUUAAGGGGGAGGAAACGCUGUCCUGCAAACUAAAACUGCCAUGGGGGAAACGAAAGAAGAAAAAAAAAAAAAGCCAUACACCACACGAAGCUCAAAUUAUGUCGUCGUCAUAUACACUAUUUACGAUGUAGCUAUAGCUGUACAUACAAGACUUAUAUACAUAUAUAAUAUAAUAUACAUACAUAUAAAUAUAUAUAUAUAUUGCUUGUGACUCAAUUAUGAUCCUGCUACUGACGGUAGUCCUAAAGGCGCACCGACGAUUACACCGGAUCUGUAUGCACGCCUUUGCGACGAAGGCGUUUCGAAUUUUGCAGCAGGGAUUCCAACGUCUACCUUUACUGGACACCAUUCUAGGCAAGCCUCACAAGCAUCUUUCGGAAAGAGUAUCUUUUAGGGCCUCUACGUAGUGUGGGGUCUUUGUCCCCACAAGUCCUCCAAGCUGUGAAAGCCACAUGUACAGGGUUGCGUUGCAGUGCGUUGCAGGGAUCGGAAGCCAUCUCAGUCGGUGUUUGGGCAGGGUGUCGGUUAUGCACUUUUGUCAAUGUUUUGCCAAGUUCCUUUUGCAUCCAGGUAGCACAAAUGGUGUAGGCAGUCCAAAGUCCACAGCAUACAUAAACCACUUAAUCGUUUUAGGAUCUUAGUGCACCUUCUUCAAGAUUAAAAGCUGUAUGCACAACAUUGGCCUCCAAGAUCUAUCGGUAUCUCUGCUUGACGUUCCCAUUUAACUUUUGGUUGUUCGCAUUGAACUACCAGCUUAGCUUAAUGUCACUCUAGAGAACGCUGUAGUUCACAUUUUUUUCAAGAAAGGAUACAAGCCUGCCUAUUACAUCAUGGCGGGCAGGUUUUUAAUUCCGGUGCACUACUUCCCGAACAUGAAAUGCGAUACCGUGGAAUCGCAGAAGAGGCUGCUCAAUGAAAGCUUCCUGUAUGCUUUGCUUGAUACAAAAACAUGCCUUGUAGCCUAUACACUAUGGUGCGCUUUCCUGCACCCAGGUUUUGCAGCAAUUCUGCCUUUGUUCUAUGAAGGGUUAGAGAGGCGUUGACAGGUUCUUGGUGGUAUCUACAACAGAUUAUGGAGAAUGGGAACAUUAAGGCUAGCCGAUGCACAUUAAUCUUCAUAUCAGGACGUAGAGUACUCUGUAACAUCUAAAUUUCAACCCAGCCCUUGAGCUGUACAUGAAUUUAUUCUGACAUUACAUAUUACAUUUAAUGACAUAAUUUUUUGUAGGUGUCGCUCACAUUUUCAACAUAGGCAAAUGGCCGACGUGUGGACAGCACCUAUCGCCCCUUUAAACCUAAGCACAAUCUGCUAGCUAGGAUUUGCAACGUGCUGCACUUCUGCAUGCAUGCAGCAUUCUUUCUCUGGCUUAUCAUUGAUUGCAAAGCUACCUUUGAACAUUUCCCUUUGUGUCAAUGAUUUCUGUACGGCUAUGACAACUUCCAAACACUGUACUAGUAUAAACAAACUCGACAACAUUUGAAAGUAGCUCAGACAUUGCGUGUUACAAGUCAGAUUUCGUGAAUUCGUUGCUAGAUCUUUCGUUAAGUGUGUCAGCUCGGAACGCUUCUAUUUUUUGUGACAUCAUCUAGGAAUGUGCCGUGCACAAUGUAGAGCAAAAAGUCUAGUUGCUUGAACACGUCGUCUUUCAUUGAAUGUGUUGGUGUGUGUUCUUCACUGCCUGUUGGAAAAGUAGCAUUGUGAAUAUGUAGAUAUGCCUUUUUGAUUACUAGUCAUGUGUGCAUUUCGUGGGACAAUGUUUCUUGUUACUCCUUAAAUGUGAAUCUGUGUUUUGUUGGAACCAUUUCAUAAUUUUAAUUUCCAUAAUAUGUACUGCUUUGUUUUUGACAAAUUUUUGUUUCAUAUUUCCUUGAUUUAAGGUGUUCUUAUACAAGUUUCUGACCCCACAUAAGUUUCUGAUUGUCAAAUUUGAGCCUGACUUUAGAAAAAUGUUAGACAAAACAGAGUUAUGUUUGUAUCAUGUCUUCUAAAAAAAACGGUUGUUUCAUGACUAAAGCUGUUGCAGGUUUUUUCCUACAUCUUUUAGUGUUUUUAUGCAAUUAUCCAACUUGUUGCAACUUUCACCAUGCCUGCACAUUGUUAUUAGUAUCUGUAAAAAGCAUUAGAAAAUAAUUAUAAAAAUAUUUCACUGCCUGCAGGCAGAGAGUCAUCUAUUCGAAGGCCACUCCAGCAAGAUGAAAAAAAGUACAUAACCUUUGAUUUUGAUCCAUUGAACAUUGACCAAAAUUCUGAACAGAGAUGGUAAACAUUUCAUCCUGAAAUCCCCUCUACCAGUUAGGAAUCUGCCAACCAAAUGCUCUGACAUCGCUAGUUAGUAGUCAUGUGGCACUUUUCGUGCUCUCUCUUCAGCAUUGUGCUGCACAAGCAUGCGGAUAACGAAGAAGGAAGUGCUCAAAAAGUGCUCAUGUACGUACUCCCGUGCUGUCAUGAUAUGCAUUAUUCUCAACCGAUAUGCACUAUUCUGAACCGGUAUGCAGUAUUCUCAACCGAUAUGCACUAUUCUGAACCGGUAUGCAUUAUUCUCAACCAAAAAUUGUCUGAAAUGUCAUUAACGAUUUUCAUGGCAAACAAAAUGCCCCCAGUUUUGGCUUGAGGGGCUCUUGAGGCUGAUGUUGUUUUUUUCACUUAGUGUUGUUAUUAAUGAGCCAAGGGUUGUUGGUUUUGAACCAGGCUGCUGCAUUUAGAUCUCCGAAGUGCUCUCUGAUGCCCCUUCAGGUUUUUUAACAUACAUGUGUUCCAAGCUUCAGGUAUAUAUGGCGGUGCUGGUUUAUAAAGUUUUUUUUUUAUUUCUAUCAUGCACAUUCGAUUGUUGCUUUACAGUGGCUUAAGCAGUUUUUAUCUUUUUUUUUUUUGUCGUGAAAGCUUUGCUCACCUGGCAUUCAUCAGCAUUCUUCACAAGUUGAUCACACAAAUUUGAGGGGUGCCUCUGCUCAGUUGGUAUUUUAAGAGAUUUGCUCGUUUAGUUGUUUGUUGUGAUUUGAAAUUUCUGGCAGCAAGUUUUAGAAGUCUUGAGGGUGAUCAAAGUGUGGUGGAAAAUUAAUACCAUUUAGUCCCUCACAUGGGUCCAUUAACCUAAAUUGGUGUGGACAUGCCAAAUAAUAUAGUCAAAUCUUUCCAUAUAGCAGGUCCAAGGAAAUAGUUUUCAAAACAACCACUACAUUUCCAAAGUAUAUGCCAACUUCUGGGUGAGUUUAAAAUCAUUAAAACUAAAACCUUAAAAAAAAAAAGAAGGAAAUUAUCUGUGUGGCCACAGAAUGCCACCUUUAGAAAAAUUGAAAAUCUUGUGUCCUCUUAAUGCUUGAAUUUUGUUAUUGAGGAAACAGUUCAGUUUUUUUUAGCAUCACAUAGAAAGUUUGCAAGUCAAAUAUUACAAUGCAAUUGCGUUUAAAUUUUUAUUAAAAUGACACAGGGUACCGCGAUACAGAUGUCAUGGGACGCAGUGCCAGAGCCAAAGUUCCAGUUUAUAAACAUGGGUCAUUUCAGAUGUUAUCUCAUCAAACAUGUAGACUGCAGAGCAUGAAGAAAUUUGGUGAAAAUACACAUAGCUAUACCAAACAAAGUUCCCAUAACAAAAAAAAGACAAAUGUUGCAAAUCUGCAGGUUAUGUUUUUAGGAGAUUGCAUAAGGGUUCACCCCCUCUCAGGUUUCUUUUGUGUAUUUCUUGUUAGUGAUGAACAAUCCUGCUCGCUUAAUUUUCCAAAUAUUUUAUCAGGGUCUGAGCAUCUAAGUUCAAGACAUUGUAAGCAAAAAUUGACACAGUCGCUCUAUAACAUUUGUAGCUAAGUGUUUGCGACUACAGCCACGCACAUUUUAUCCCUGUCCCUUUGCUUCAUGCUUUUUCGGCCAGGCCACGCCGUCUUUCGCUGCACAUUCCGACUGGCAUGAGCUCCCCAUCUUGUCGCCUCGCGUAUCGAUCACCAGAUGGCAGCCAACAGCUCGUUUGGAAUUUCAAAUAUACCCUGGAAGUAGUGCUGGUGAAUGCCAGGUGCGCGCAACAUGGCCAGUCACGUGGAUCUCCUGUGAGAAUCACGAUGCUAAGCAGAAGGUACUGCAAGUGUUGGUUGUUCCCCCCCUCCUCCCCAUGGCUGGUGCAUCCGAAGAACUGCGAGUACUACCAGCAGCCGCCCCUUGUAAAUACAAAGGCGUCAACGCUUUACGACAUGCAAGUGUUCGAGACGUAUAUUCUGCGAGGCUUUGUUCGUGACGUCGCUUUUUUCUUGCUUUUUUUUUUGUUGUUUGUUUUUUUACUUGUCUCUUAUUAACGAAGGGGAGAAUGUUUCUUCCGAGAGUUACGUUUAUGUCCGUACCUCGCUUGAACUGUCUGGCAUAGAAAGAUUUUUUUUUUUUUUUUGCUGCUUUAGAAAGCAUUUUAUCUCAAGAUAAAAAAGAGGAGCAGUUCGCAGCUGGAGACAGACACUCCAGUGGUCGGAGAGUGUGAGAGACGACGCAAGGGGUCUUUGCAAAGGUUAUUUUUCUUUUGUCGCCUGGGACGGCAGUAUGCCUCCGGGUGCAACUCCGGUCCCUUUCAUCUUGCGUGCAGUUCUGCCGAAACGAUGUAUUCAUAUUUGUAUGGUUCAUCGGGGUCGGUCGAUCGCACUGCUGUUCAUUAAAGCGCAACCCAUUGCAGAACUGCAA